CAGCUGUUAAAGUGAUGGCUCUCUAUGUAACUCUUAACAGGUGUUUUGUGUUGGAAGUCACUUUUGCUUUUCUGAGCCAAUUAUUUCAACUGGCGGUUUUGACGCCCGUGGUUUGUCCUAAAGCAUGCUUAUGUGGAAGUAUUUUCGGAGAAAAGCCUUACGUUCGGUGCUCGAAUGUGGAACAAAAGAAUUUGUACAAAGUUUUAUCUGAAAUUCCAGAGAGUACAGAAAAUAUCAAAAUGAUGAACACAUCUUUGAAAGAAGUGUUUGAAUUUCGAGGAAACUUCCCUAAACUUCAUGAUCUAUCUUUACAGAACUGCUCAAUACAUGACCUCAAUGAAGCUUUGCGACCUUUUCUGGAAAACAGCAAGAGGAAAAUAUAUUCAAUUUCCGUUAAUUACCACGACAUCACGACGGUGAAAGGAAGCGGCGUUCAGAGUCUAGCGACUCUACAAAAACUUGAUCUUUGCCAUAAUAAUAUACAUUCCAUCGACAAAAGUGCUUUUACAAAUUGCUCAAGCCUUCGGAUUUUAAAGCUGUGUUUCAAUAAACUGGAGAUCCUGAAUGAAAAUGUUUUUAUGACGAAUACAGAUUUAACAUCUCUAUACCUAGAAAACAACAAUUUUAAAGAAAUUCCGAUGUUGUCUUUGGUGAAUCUCAGAAACCUACAGCUUUUAGACUUAAGUAACAACGACUUAGGAAGUGUACCUUCAUUUGAAGAUUUAUCUACUCUGAAAUAUUUAUAUCUUUCCAACAACCGAAUUACUACAGUUCAGACAAACGCUUUCAAUGAGCUUCAACGCCUGUCAUUUUUAUGGCUCUCAGGAAACCUGAUUACGUCACUUCCGGAAGACAUGUCUAUGUUGUUUCACUUGAUGGAUUUUAACCGGUUAGUCCUCAAAGAAAAUCCAUUAGGCUGUAGUUGUCAAAACAGAUGGAUGAUAGCGUGGUUUCAGAAGAAAUGUUCUAAGCAAAACAAGUCCGUAGGAUGUGCCUUAACCUGUACACAGAGCGGGUCUAACUUCCUAGUGAAAGAUUUUGAUAUGAAAGGUUUAAGGUGUGGUUGUACAUCGCAGUGUUUCUGUCUUAAUCAAGGCAAUCAACAAUGCAGUGUGGACUGUUACAAUGAAACAGAAGGCUCUAAUCGGAUUCAAACACUGAAAUGUUCCUCUUGUCCCAGCGGAUCAAGUCCUCUAUUUGACGGAUCAUCGAACUGUGUCUGUCAAUCCGGACACUCGUUACGAGAUGGACUUUGCAAAAGGUGCCCAAAAGGAACAUUCAAGCCAUUAAUUGGCCCUAGGACAUGUACGCCCUGUCCCGAAUACUCUACCAGCAUGGAUGGUAGUACUUCGCCUGAACACUGCGUAUGCCAGCAUGGAGAAUUUCAAAUCAUGUCUGAUCAAGAACGAAAAUGCCAGCGAUAUGAAAACGAAGAAUUAGUGAGAUUAGGUUUUGGUCCAAUAGUUUCAUCUGGAGAGAAAUUAAGUGUUGGAAAGCCGUCGAUAAUUGGUAUUCAAUCAACAGUCACAUUUACACCUGUCGAAAAAGACCAAAGUACACUAUAUGGAAAAACCUCACAAAAUUCAGAUAGUGUGAUAUAUGGAGUGGUGGGUACUGCAGUAACUCUACUUAUUAUCGGUGUAGUCUUCGCAUUUUUUAAAUUCAAACAGACCCACAAAACUAACUAUGGCAUUUCACAAAAGUUAAUGUGUCAAGAUUCAUACCAGAACGAAGAACGCCAUGGAUCACUAGUUUAUUCUACAAAACUUGAAAAUUACUAUAAGGGACUUGAAGUUGCCUCAAGCCAGUUGAAGAUUGGAAAGUUAAUUGGAAGGGGGGCUUUUGGAAGGGUUUACGAGGGCCAUUUGCAUAAUACAAAGGACAGAGACACAAAACGAGUAGCUGUGAAGAGACUCAAAGAAGAUGCCAAUGGGGAAGAAAAAGAGGCAUUGCAGAUGGAGUUAGAUCAUAUGAUGUAUGUGGGAAAGCAUCCUAAUAUCAUUGAGCUAAUUGGUGUGUGUUCAAUAAAAGGGACACUGAUGUUGGUGCUUGAGUUUGCAUCCAAUGGGGACCUUCUCUCGUAUCUAAGGCAGUGUUCAUCUCUCACAAAUCUACAACUGACCGCUCCAAGAUUUGGCAACGAUAAAACGGCUGUAGAGAUCUUUAGGACUCUGAUUAUGUUUGCUUGGCAGGUGGCAAAAGGAAUGUGCCAUCUAGAAAAGUUAAAAUGUAUUCACCGAGACCUCGCCGCUCGUAAUGUUCUUCUUACGUCAGACCCUAUUGCUAAAAUAUCUGACUUUGGUCUCUCCAGGGAUGUGUACGAAUCAGCCUAUUAUUUCAAAGUUUCAAAGGGACGCUUACCAUUUAAAUGGAUGAGUCCCGAGGCCCUCCUAAUGGGCCAGUACUCCAUCAAAAGCGACGUGUGGUCUUUCGGAAUCCUUCUGUGGGAGGUAGUAACACUUGGAGGCAAUCCAUACGCGGGCAUCCCAGUUGAGUCCCUGUGUGAAAUGUACUCCAACAAUUACCGCCUUCCUAAGCCAGGCUCCUGUCCAGGCUACUUAUACAGGCUAAUGCUGGACUGCUGGGGAGAGCUUACCAACGACAGGCCGUCCUUUAACGACAUCGAGGCCAGAUUAGACACCGUUCUUCAGCACGUGGCUGACAGGGACUAUACAAACUUAAUGGACAAAGAGGAAGUGCAGGCCUCGGUUUCAAGCACUGACGGCGUGGCCGACUCCAAGGGUUACAUGACCAUGUCCUCUGUCUACGACACGGACUCGGAUGACCGCACCUUUCACGAGACCAGCGAAUCAGAUUCCAGCAAAGACAUCGAUCUGAGACCGGAACCGCCGACUCAUCGCCCCUACCGAAUCCACCAGUCAAUUGCAAAGAGGGCGCCACAACAGGGCAGGGUGAGCUGUGGUCUUGUGACGUCAGAACAAGACAAGAAUUCGUCAUAUCCGCUAAUGAAAUCAAUGAGUUCGAUUGAAUUGCAGAAUUUGUCCGAUUAUAAGGUUCAAAUGUGGUCAAACCCAAUUUAUGGAUCCACAAGAAAGGUAAAAGAGACACACUACACAUGAUGUCUUUGACAGUUUCUUGUGCUUUUGGGCGACAUGUAAAUUACAUGCAACGUCUUUUGUGUGACCUAUGAUCGUAAAAGCUGCAGAAAACUGGUGAAAUCUGCAUUGGAAACAUGUUCAUGUCGCUAUCAUUUGCUAGCUACACAUGACGAACCUUUUACUGCAGAAGUAAUGGACCAUUGACUGAAAUGGCUUUAAAAAGUUGGUUGGUUCAAGAAAAAGAGGAUUUGGUGCCCUUUGAUUGUUACUGGUAAUAGAGCAAACAUGUGUCGGGCACGCAAGGAACGUCGAGAAUAUUUGCCCUUUUUUAAUUCUGUAAAUGUAUCCCAUUGAAAAUUAAAAAAAAAAAGAAAUGGUUGGAUUCUUUCUUUAGCGCGUCUGUCGUUUUUCAUUUAUUUUGUGUUUCUUUUAGAACUGUUUGUUGCAUAUAUCCUGUUUCUUUUCGAACGAUAGGAAGGAACCCAACCACUGCAGAAAACAAAGAACCGAUCAAUUCAAAGCAUAUUAUUUAAGCGACAAAUAUUUUUUUACAAUUUUUUUUUACUUUUGAUUGAUGAAGAAAUUUAUCUUAAGUGUCAACAAUUAACCUACUUCUAUAUCUGAAAAUAAACAAAAAUGUGACUAGGAUAUGAAAUGGAAUGGUCUACUAAGAUUUACUUUUGACCUGCUCUGGGGCAAUAUGGCAGAACUAAUACAGGAAUUGGGGAUCCUUGAAUUACACGUGGCAUGUGCAUAAUACCAAGUCGCUCCGCCAAGACAGUUACGGAAAUGUAAGGUUAAUUCCAGUCCA